AUGCCGGUCUGGCUGCGCGACUACAGCUGGGGGCAGACGGAGCGGGCCGUCUACCUGGCCGUGCCCGGGCGGGGCGGGGGGAGGCGCCUCCGCGGCCCCACCCCCGACGUCUUCUGCGCCGAGCGGUACCUGAAGGUGAGCGCGCCGCCCUUCCUCUUCGAAGCCUUCCUCUGGGCCCCCAUCGACGAGGCUCGCAGCACCGCCCGCCUGGAGGAUGGCUCCGUGCUCUUCACCCUGCAGAAGAAAGAAGCGGCCGUGUGGGAAUCCCUCCUGGCGGAAGAGGUUGACAAGGAAAAAAUGCAGAGAAUCCGAGAGGAUGCUGUGCUCAAAGCCCACGAGAAGGCGAAAGAAGAAGCAGAAGCCAAAGCUGUUCAGAAACGAGAACGUUCCAAGUGCGCUCUGGAGGCCACGAUGAAGCUAGAAGAAGAAGAAAGAAAAAGGAUAGAAGAGCUGAAAGAAGCGGAGCGGAAAAAAGCCACAGAAGAGAUUGAGACGUGGAAGGAGCAAAACGAAAAGCAAAAUCAGCUGCAAGGAAGGGUGACCUUGCAGCCCAUUGAAAAAAAGCAAGGGAGACGGGAGCUGAGACCUUCGAGUGGAGGAGCCACCAAGACAGCAGCUGGAAGUUCUGGAAAUAUGUUUUCCAGGAAGGUGAAGGAAGAAUCCGUUCCUGCUCCACGGCGCUGUGGCAACAUACAACUCCAUUUCACACCUCGUGUCUUCCCUACAGCUCUCAGAGAAUCCCGGGUUGAAGAAGAGGAGGAGUGGCUGCAGAAACAAGCAGAGGCUCGCCGGGCAGUCACUGCGGAUCUUGCCGAGCUGGAGGAUUUGUCCGAAGAGGAGAAGAAUCCAGACUGGCUGAAGGACAAGGGCAAUAAAAUGUUUGCAACAGGCAAUUACCUUGCUGCUGUGAGUGCCUAUAAUUUGGCAGUUCGUAUCAACAAUAAGAUUCCAGCCCUGUAUUUGAAUCGAGCCGCCUGCCAUCUGAGGCUGAGAAAUCUGCACAAGGCCAUUGAAGAUUCCUCCAAGGCCCUGGAUUUAUUGACUCCACCUGUUCCAGACAAUGCUAAUGCCAGAGUGAAAGCUCACGUCAGGCGAGGGACGGCAUUCUGUGAGUUGGAAUUGUACGCUGAAGGUCUGCAAGAUUACAUGGCUGCCCUCAAGAUUGAGCCUACAAAUGACAGUAUCGCAGAGGAUGCUGAGAAGAUUCGACGCAUAAUCCAAGAAACAGAAUGACUCUGGCGGAACCACCUGGU